UAAUCAUUGACGUGAUAUGGAAGCAAAACUACGAAGAACGCACUACGCAAAUUCUUGCGUCAUUGAACAACGUAGUAGUUGAAUCCAACGUGGCCAAUAAUAUAGCCUAGUAGUUUCCAUGGACAAGGAAAUGAUACGUUUAUGUGACCUUGAGGUAAUGUGGUGAUGCAGGGAGGUGGGCUGGAUGGACGAGUCCCAGUAUUCGUCUUUCCUACAGCACUCACGUUUUACCUCAAUGAUCAGUCGACGCACAAGCAAAUUGUGACCAUCUAUAAUCCUUAUGAAUUCCGAAUAUCAUACCAAAUACUGUGCAAUGCUCCAGGACGUUAUAGAGUAGAAAGUCCUCAAGGUGUGAUCAGGCCACACUGUUGUAUUGAUGUUGUCAUCACCCAUUCUGAUGCUACCUUGACUAAUGUGCUAGCACCUGAUAAACUAAGAUUUCAAAUAUGUGAAGAUGGGAGCAGACAGAUUCUGGGGAGAAAGGACAUUCCUGCCACUUUGGUGAAGGGUGUUCCAGAUCUCCAGAGUGGAGGGGAUAGUGAUCGUUUUGAGUCCGUCCAGGCUCCGGAGCAUGGUGCUGUGUUAGGGACAGAUGGGUAUCGUGGACGCAAUCAACGACCAGUAUUUGGGGCUUCCCAGGGCAAGAAUGGGCCAAGUUUAGUGUUGGUUGCAGCUGCCAUAGUUUGUGUACUAGCAUUGCUUUUGCCAACAGAAGGUGACCAUUCAGACUCGAAUAUACCAACAUGUUUUCAUCCUAGUGCCAAUGUCAAAAUUGCUAUUUCCUUUGCACUUGGGAUGAUUACAUUGGCAAUAUUGAAACGUGGCUGACAAGACUUUUCAUAAAAAUUACAUAAAUGGCUGUUGGGGAAGAUGAGGCUGUUAGACUCAGUACAGUAUAUAUGCAACUCUUUGACUUUAUGUUAAAAUAAAUAAAGACUUUUAACACUGAGCUUUUUCUGAUUGCAGUAACAUGUUUAAUAAUGCGCAGUUCAUCCAUAAUUCAAGUAUUCAGCUAUUUAGUGUUGUGCAGUUCAUCAGUAGAGCACUUUUUAUAUUGCAUAAUAUCCAUCAAGUAAUGAACAUAAUUUAAGACAUUUCAAUUCAUGUAUUUUAGAAAAACUUUUGUCAAUAGAUCAUGUAUGAUAAGAGAAUCUAAGCUCAUUUUUUAUAAUAUAAAUAUUCUGUAUAAAAUAUUAUUUUUUACUUUUAUGUCACAAUGCUGUAAGAAAUAUCAGUUUCUAUUAUCAUUAAAGAUUUUUUAAAUUCAAA